CUUCAAUGUAAUCCACUCUACGUAUUGCCGCUACCGGCGUAGGUUCUCGCUCAAAAGGGAAAAUGAGGUGAAAAUCCGUUCCACAUAAAACGGAUGGCAGCCGCUGGCCUGCCGUGAGCUACAAGCCAUUCAACAAAGCAGAUGGAUAUAGAUUCGAUAUCAUCUAUACCAGCGCAAACCCAACUUGCUUUGAGUCAAAUUCAGCUAAACGCGGAUAUGGCGCGACGAUCCACUUCCCCGGUCCCGCACGACCUACAAUCUUUACCAACUUCGACCAAGGAGACCCAGGAUCUAUGGUACUAUCCGCCCGAUAUUGCGCAUGAUCUCGACAAUAUUGAUCUUCCCGAGAGAUUUAAGGAGGAGGUUUAUGCAUGCGCCUGGGAGUACAGUCGAUGUGUGAUUCCUUAUUACUCAAAUUGGAGGCGCUAUGUCGCCUUCAUGCGGACUAUUGUGAUUGGGAUCGUUGCUGAGUUCCGGGGGGAUCUGGUGGAUGUGACGGCCAGCAACAACGUGCUUAACUAUGACCUAGAUGAUCUCCUUUCGACUCUCCUGGGUGACUCACCAGGGGGAGUGGAGAUUGCGCGAGAGUUCCGCACAUUCUGCCUCAUGACGAGCACCAAGACCGGCAGCAACCGAAAUUGCGAGCUAUUCAAACGCUAUAUGAACGUUUUAACGGCGUCCCCGAAAUUGUGGUUUCGUUUGCGGGAUUGUGAUUCACUUGCACGGUUUACACUGGUAGUUGCUUUGCGAUGCAACGACCUUGAUAUUUGGUUCUCAAAUGAACAAUUCGAGAUCCUCGCAGAAAUUGGUGAUAUUCUCUACGACGCCAUUGCCUAUCAUAAACACCGUUCCGAGGGCGAGACACAUAGCACGUUCCAAUAUGUACCUAACGAUAUGCGCGUUGAGGCGUUUCGUUAUUACCGGGAGGUUUUAUGGGCCUUUGACACCGCCUGGGCCGGCCAGCCUGAGCUCGCUCAUGUCACCAACUUCCUCCGGGCAUUUGGGGGCCCGAUCCACAUGACCAUGCGCCGAUACCGUUUCGUUGAGGAUAGUCUCGGCAUCUGCCAGCCAGAGACGGCGGAGGUCAUCAACAAAGCCCGCCAGAACUCGAAGCUUUGGUGUCGGAUCGAAGCCCGAAGAAGUGUGGAUGACGACGUCGAGGGCUAUAGGAGCCUGCUUAUCUCCGACGACAAGGUCCUUUUCACAGGUCUGGCUGAGCUGUUGGAGACGUAUGGUAAUUACCGCUGUACGCGAUGCCAGUAUCCCAAGUCAUACGGGGUCCAGAGUCCCCAUGAAUUUGGCGGCGUUAAACUUUGUGACGAAUGCGUCGCGACCUGGAGAGAAUACGUGAUGUCAUUCCCGACAAGGUUAAGCAAGGCCUUUCCUGAAGUUGGAUUUAAAACUACCUCUUAACCAUUCUGGCACCAAGUGCUACACACCCAUGCAAUAGCCGUAUAGUGAGAUCUGUAUACCGCUUUCCAGUAAUUCACGGGGCGAAAGAAGCGGUGCCCUAGAGGAGCCCAGGAUAAGACAUCUAGACAAGACAUUCGUUAGCAAGAUAGAAAUAAAUUUUAAACACUGUGGGGACCCUGUAGGGAUUAAUCAACCUCGUGAUGUGUGGUAAUAAUGAACUUUAAAAUGCUAUGAGAACCUUGCAGGGACC